AUGGGGGUUAAGCGGCUGCUGCAGACUCUUACCAAGACUUCCCCUUUUCAUACUCUCGCUCAGUCUUCUUCCGCGCAACCACUUCUCUCCCUUCGAUCCAGCGCUCCACACCCUCGAUUAGCAAAUAUUAUUUUUAAUUCUGUCUCUGAAUUGUGCUCUCGUUCACCGAGCUUUUCGCAACUUUCAGCCACCACGGCUUCUCCAGUCGGCCACCAGUCUUCUCAUAACCUAUCACCGCUGGCGGCGAAAGACGACUAUUACUAUUCUACCGAUCCCAAUUCCCGCAAUAUACUACAAAACAAUAAUACGACCCAGUCUUCUCUUGCUCUGCCACCGCUCCUCCACCAUCCACCCGAGACUCAUUCCCGCAGCCGUCACGAAGAUCUACCACCAAUAUCUCCCUACCGUCACGAUAAUACCUCCGGAAAAGGACCUGGUAUACGAGUGAAUCCGUCGCACUCGGGAAUUCGUCUGUGGAAUCCUAUCAAUCACGUUCCACGAGUCACUAUUGUUCCGAACCGGCGUGGACUAGCAAACGACGAGGACGUUGGAUUUGCAAUACCGGAGCGCGACGCAUAUCCCCUCCUUUCGAUACCAUCGGAGCGCCCUCAGCGUGUUGCCGCAUCUCGGAAUAGUCUAGUCGUUGAGCCUAGUACGGGAGAAGGAGCAGAAAGUGGUCGAACGAGCAUCGCGCUGCCGAGCAGUCGGCACAGUCAACAGCUUGAACGCUCUGUCGAACAACCCAAUAUGCCAACAACAGAAAAUGCCACGAAGGGAGGUCAUAUUCGACCAGAUGACGGUAUAACACAUCCCCCACGCCAUGCACAUUCCAAUAAUUCGUUACGGGCUUCAACGUUCGCUUCGUAUCCAUCCAAUGGAGGCAAUAAUACCACUAGUGCAGAAGCAGAUGGCCCUGAAGAAAUAGCCUGGGGUCCUGCACAUCCAUGUUAUCCACAUAUGAAUCCGCAUGUUCCUAUACAAUCAGAAGAAUUCACAACAACUCGAAUCAUUCGCAUCCGUCGCGAUUGGAUGGUGAAGGGUGAUCUUGCCCCGACAUUCUCGAAUCUGUACCCGGAGAUUCUAGAUCCUCUAUUGCCCGAGCAGGAGUUUCGACGUAUCAUCGCCAAGGUCAAUGGAGAACUGGUAAAAGCAUUCAACCCGUAUUCUCUACGCAACUGGUUCGACUCUGCAAUGGGCUUAUUGACUGGUUGGUUAUGGGAUGAGAUGGGCUUUACUGCGAUUAAAACUCAUUUAAGACAGGUAGAAGAUUGGCUGGAAAAAUGGAAUCGCGAGGUCGGGUCGAAAGAUGGAGUGCGAAUCUGGAGUCUCCGACGCACAGCUUAUAUGACAUUAGAUAUACAAAUUCCAGACCCGAAGGUCGGUCUCGUCAACCCGGAGGAUAGCUCUAUGCCUGGGACGAGGCCGCAUACUGGCUUUGAUGCUGAGACUCCUACGGCGCCGGCACCGUCGCAUUUGCGAUGAUUGUUACUAUUACUAUUGUGAUUAUGCAUUUCCUUUUGAGCGUUCUUUGGUUGAUGUAUCGACGGACUCUGCCAUGAUACCAAGCUUGUUAUUUGUGAUACCAGCGAUGAUUGACUACACAUUACUUGAUUAUAUAAGCUUCUAAUUAUUCUAAUUAUAACAUA